AUGAGCGCAUCAACCGACGAGUUUAAAGGCUUUGCCCUGAUGGCCAACUGGGAAUACACCAAGUUCUACUCUCUUUUCACCUCUAGUUAUACCUCAGAGGCGGCGGCCGAGGAGAUUCUUGAAGCAAACGGCAUUUCGCCAACAUCUUCUGCUGGAGAGCUCUUUGAGGCAUUCUCCGAAUUCAUAUCUGACGCCACGAUGAUGCAUAAGAUUUAUCGCGCAAACGAAUUCUUCAAUGCUCACCGUGGGAAACAAGCUCUCCUCCGUGGUCAGGACCCCAAGCGCGUGGGUAUACAGUAUCACCAUUUCGAGAUCGGCAACCCCUUCUCAGGGCCCAUGCAAGGAAUUGCGCACCAUGGCGUUGACAUUGUCUAUGCCUUUGGCACUUUUCAUGACGCGCUGAAGAAGGCUGAUCAAGGGAUUUCGGAAUGUUAUGUCGAGUCCGGCCAAGCUGUUGCAGAAGCUAGCGUUGGAGAACCCUCAAAGAGCACCGACGCUACCGAUUACCGCAAGUCCAACAUUGAUCUCAGCUAUGAGUUACAGGAUAAGUUGAUCCAAUUCGUGGUUGAGGAUUGCGAAGUGACCGACCAGCACGCAUACGCUGAUGAUAUCUUGACAUUUUGUCACGAUCGAUCGGUCCGCGUGGAGAAUUGGUCUAGUGACGAGAAAUGGAUGUCAAAGAGGAAGAAACUUGCACUUUUAGACAAAGAUUUGGAUUCUAUGACAACUGCCACGCAGAGACUUGUGGGAAGCGUUAUUGGUAUGGCAUUGUAG